AUGUUUUGGCAGCAACAAGCUGCGGAAGAGAACUCGUUGUUGAAGUUAAUAAAGGAAGAUAAUGUCACGCUGCAGCAACUUCUCGACGAUCCUUACUUGAUCCAAGAAGCCCACAAUCACAACGAAAAGCUCCUUGACUUUUUGACGCGCGAGGACGUGUUGCUCGAAAUGCUGAACAUAGCGCUGCACCCGAAGGUUGAUGCCAACUCACCAUUGGAGAAUCAGUACAGGCAUGCACACGUAUGCUGUGAAAUCCUGACUUCCGAAAACAACACAGCAUUGGCUGAAGCAGUAUUGACGAGCGAAGUUGUCCUGAGCGUCAUUACCGACUUUUUUGUGGGAAAUUCGAUCUCCAACCACCUAGUGGCCUCGUUUUACAUGAAGAUCGUCUCGAGACUUUUGAGCAUCUUCCCUGAAAAGGUACUCGAGAUCUUGGAAAGCGGUAAUUUCGUGGGAAAAGCGACGGAACACCUGCACUUGGCCGGUGUAGCUGAAUUGAUCUUGCGCCUGGCAACCGCUAACUACGAUGAAGGCACUUCAGAGAAGAUCAGAAUUUGGUUUGUGAAAAACGAGUUGGUUGAAAGUUGUGUCUCGCUACUUGAUCCGUCAUUCCCGACUUCGGUGCACAACAACGUUAAACAUCUAUGGACAGAAAUCGUGAGGCAAUCGAGGGAUAACUGUUUUGCGCAAGAGGAAACAUGCAAUCCGUUGGUUGCCAAGAUGCAAUCUGCUCAUAUAAUCGAGAAGCUCAUAGAAAAGGUCUUGAAGUUGGGGUCUUGCGAAGGUGCGUCCACAAGCGUUAUAUUCGCUGUAUGCGCUAUCCUGAAUAAAACCUUGGAAACCAAUUACAUCCAGGAUUGUCCCAGCUACCUAUUGGCAGUCGAAAGUGCAAAUAAAAACGCGGGAAACCGGAUGGUGAGCCAUGAGGAUGUCGAGGGGAUACCCAGGAUGACAAAUAUGCUGCUACCUGAUCCGGAGAGGGUGGUCGAAACCGUCGUUGCCGCAUACGGAGAGCACCUUCUUCGACUCGCAAUCGGUGAUCUCGAGACGAACAACCCCACUUGCUCCUGGUCUGCGUUGAUGAACCUUUUUAUAAGCUUGACCAAUACCCGUCAUAUGCCAACCCACGCACGACUCACCCAGAGUUUCACCGGCGCCAAUCUCAAAGGGCUUUUCUCGAUACCACGGCACCUUGCGACAAUGUCAAUACUGCAUGACGAUUACUACCAAAUUAUUUCGAAUAUCCUCUACACCGCACCGCUCGAUUCGAACACGAAGUCGCCGCUUCUGGAGUUCGCAUUCAAGGAGCUCGAUCUGAUCGGAAUUCUUGAUCAACAUAUUGGGAAAUUACCGGAAGAUCUCACGCGCCUUCAAAGCAUAUGCCUUCGCGGUUUCUAUAUGAAUCUCGCGCCUACCUACAGGCAGAUGCUCGAUGGCAAGGCUUGCGUGAUGGGAUACUACGAUAUAUGCAAGAAAAUCAGCCACACCCAAGCGCACUUCCCCAAGCAACCCAAGACAGGCAACCUCGGAAUGGACUGCGGUGGUAAUCUGGAUGAUGACGAUUUCUUCGCAGCCGAGGGAGCACUGGCUCCGGCCAGCAAUUUGGACGCAAUCUCCUUGUCGCGGAAGAUGAACGAAAAGGACAAGUUUGACGCCGAAUUCGACGCCGUUUUCGGAGGUUCCGCGAAAAGACAAGGCUCUUCGGAGGAGCAUUCGAGUAAAAAGCGGCAAGACACUACGGACACACAGAAAAGCUUGGAAGAGGAUCAAGCAAAUCCAGGAUGCGCAGACCAGGGCAGUGCCACCACUACGGAGGAGAUCGACCCGUUCCUCGACUGGCCUCAAGCAAGCACCACGAAGUCUGAUUGUGACUGGCCAACUGAGAAAGCUUUCCCGGACGAACACAAAGAAAAGAAGACGGAUUUGGAUUGGCCGUCAACAUCUGACCCGGAUCAUAAGAGCACCGACUCGAUUUCUUCGCUGAGGAGUGCAGAGGUCAAGCUUACACCUCGUGAUGAAUGGGCCAUCUUCGGCAAACCGGAUGGGAACCAGCAUGCAGCUUCUCCGAAAACUCCUCUAGACGAUCUCGACUGGCCGGGCGAAACGACAUCUUCGAACUCUUCUUCUUGC